AUGCUUUUGAAAAUCCUGUACCUUAUUGCAGUGUUUUUAAAAGUUCGUAGCUCAUGUAGAGGCACCGAUCAAAAGAAAAGAUUUCUUUUUUUAUACCAUAACGUAUUAAAAAAAAAAAUUAAUUUCCAUUUUCGAGCAAGUCGAAAAAUCGUAGUAUACAGUGUAAAGGGUAUAAGAGAAUUUAACCCCAAGAAUUACAAAAGAAGAGAAUAUUUAUUUAAAAUAUGGAAAGAAUUAUCAGAGAGCUUUUCAUUUAGUUUAUAUGAUUUGCCAGUAUUAGAAAAUUAUAAAAUUUUUCAAAAGAGUAAUAUCAAUGAGGCUUAUGAUUUUGUUAAAAAUAAAAGGCAUUUAAUACUGCGCCCAGAAAUCACACCACAGCUAAUUAACUACUUGUUUUUAAAAGAUGGGUUCAUAACAGAAAAGGAAAGGGAAGAAGAGGGAAAUACGAUAAAUGGAAGUAACCACGUACGUAACCAUGUAUGUAAUAUCAUGGCCAAACCAGAUAGCAAUAAGAGUAGUACAAUCUGCAGUAGUAGUAGUAGUAGCAGUAGCAGUAGUAGUAGUAGUACCAAUUUUGAUAAUUUAAAUAAAAAGAAAUAUUUAGUACAUAAUUUUCAAAAGGUACAUAAAAUGUGCACAGUGGGACAAUGCUUCAGAUAUGAACAAACAUCAUCUUGUAGAAAAAGAGAGCAUUACCAAUGGAAUGUUGACAUAUUAGGUAUAGAUAAUAUUAAUGCAGAGAUCGAACUAUUCACUAUACUGAUAUAUUUUUUUCAUCAUGUUAAAUUAACAGAAAAGGACAUAGUCAUAAAAAUUAAUGAUAAAAGAAUUAUAAAAUAUAUUAUAUGUAAGAUUUUUAAAAAUUCAUUAAGCAAUUUUUCUUAUAACUAUAUACAACAUGAAACACAUAAGAGAAUAUUACAUAUACUUGAUAAAUACCAUAAGGUGUCCAAAUAUGCUUUUAAAUUAUUACUAAAAAAAUAUAUUCCUUAUUUAAUGGAAAACGAAGUAAAUAUUUUUACAACAGUUCUUCAAAAUAUACAGUCAUAUAAUAAUCUUGAAUUGUUCCUUAACUUUAAUACAUCCAUCUUAACUGAUUUGAAAAGCGUUUUAUCUUAUUUAAGAAAAAUUAAUUUUCACUCCUUUUUUCAAAUAGAUUUAACAACAGUAAGAGGGUUGGAUUAUUAUAAUAAAGUCAUCUUCGAAGUUUUUUACAAGCCUAAAAAGUAUAGAGCAAUAUGCGGAGGUGGUCGUUACGAUUUUUCAUUGAACAAGCGGCAAAUACCAGCUGUAGGCUUUGGAAUGGGUGAUGUAGUAAUAACUGAAAUACUUUUCAACAAGAACAACAAGCAGAAGAACACGGGCAGCAGAAGCAGAAGCAGAAGCAGAAACAUCAAUGACUGCGAUACUGAUGAGUUCAACAAUUUACAAAAAAAUAUAAACAUCGUGUCCUUUUUUCCUUAUAUCGCACAAGAAAAUAUACAUGAACAUGCACAUAAAGAAUACUACGAAAUUUUACAUGAACUACGAAGGAACAACCUUAAAGUUUACGCCUUAUUGCAAAAUAAUCUAAAUCUAUCUAAAGCUUUAAAAAAAGCUAACGCUUUGCACGCCGAAUAUUUUCUAUUUUUCGAAGAAAACGAUAAACUAUUUCUCCUGAAAAAUUUGAAAACAGGAAAACAGGACAUUGUAAAUUCGAGUAAUAUUUUAUCGUUCUACGGUUAG